CUCAACGCAAAAGGACUCCGUCAUUGACUGACUGGUGUUCUGAUAACAAUGGGCGUUGUCAUGACAUGUGACUUACCAAUCUUUCCUUUUGCUCGAUUUUUCUGCAGUUUAUUGAGUUAUUUUCCAUUCUAUAUUAUGGUAAUCCUCUGCAUAAUCACAAGAACUUAUUUUCACAGACAUUCAACUUCAACAUCAACUUCCUCAAUGUUCCAAAUAUUGUUGAGGCCGACUUCAUCAUGUUUGCUUGUGUAGUUUAGAAAUCAUUGGUUCCAUAACAUCACAAUGUUAUUUAUUUGGUUCUUUAUAUUCUUCUACAUGACUACAACUUCCACUUCAGUAGACCGUUUAGCGGUGACUCAAUCCAUCCGAGAUGGUGAGACUUUGGCUUCUGCGGGUGGAAUUAUAGAAGCGGGUUUCUUCAGUCCCGGAAAUUCCAUAAGACGAUAUUUGGGUAUAUGGUACAGAAAUGUAUCUCCUUUCAUAGUGGUGUGGGUGGCUAACAGAAAUACACCUCUUGAGAAUAAAUCAGGAGUCCUUAAACUCAAUGAAAAAGGGGUUCUUGAGCUUCUCAACGCUACAAACAACACUAUUUGGUCAUCCAAUAUUGUAUCAAGCAAUGCAGUGAAUAACCCAAUUGCUUGCCUUUUUGAUUCGGGAAAUUUUGUGGUGAAAAAUAGCGAGGACGGCGUCUUGUGGCAGAGUUUUGAUUAUCCGGGUGAUACCUUGAUGCCAGGAAUAAAACUUGGAUGGAACUUAGAGACUGGACUAGAAAGAUCUAUUUCUUCUUGGAAAAGUGAUGAUGAUCCUGCUGAGGGAGAAUAUGCUAUAAAAAUUGAUCUUCGAGGGUUACCUCAAAUGAUUGAAUUCAAGGGAUCUGAUAUAAGAAUGAGAACAGGGUCGUGGAAUGGCUUGACAACAGUUGGAUAUCCAUCUCCAACUCCUCUAUUGAUACGCAAAUUUGUGGUCAAUGAAAAAGAGGUGUAUUAUGAGUACGAGAUUAUUAAAAGAUCGAUGUUCAUUGUAUCCAAGCUUACCCCAUCAGGCAUAACGCAGAGUUUCUCUUGGACAAACCAAACAAGCACACCGCAAGUUGUCCAAAAUGGGGAGAAAGAUCAAUGCGAGAACUAUGCCUUUUGUGGUGCAAAUUCUAUAUGCAUUUAUGAUGAUAACUAUCUAACUUGUGAAUGUCUGAGAGGUUAUGUUCCCAAGUCUCCUGAUGAAUGGAAUAUACGAAUUUGGUUUGAUGGUUGUAUUCGGAGGAACAAAUCUGAUUGCAAAAUCAGUUAUACAGAUGGCUUCUUGAAGUACUCACACUUGAAAUUGCCCGACACGUCUUCGUCAUGGUUUAGUAACACUAUGAACCUUGAUGAAUGUCAAAAGUCAUGUCUUGAAAACUGUUCUUGUAAAGCAUAUGCGAAUUUAGAUAUCCGCAAUGGAGGAAGUGGCUGUCUACUUUGGUUUAACACUCUACUUGACUUGAGGAAAUUCUCUGAAUGGGGACAAGAUUUAUAUGUCAGGGUCCCUGUUUCAGAAUUAGAUCAUGCUGCAGGCCAUGGAAACAUCAAGAAAAAGACAGUAGAAAUCACACUUGGUGUGAUUACUUUUGGAUUAGUCACAUGUGCAUGCAUAUUUAUAAAAAAAUAUCCAGGAACAGCAAGAAAACUUUGCUGCCAGCAUUGCAAAAUUAAACAGAAAAAGGGAGAUGCGGAUUUGCCAACUUUUGAUUUGUCAGUCUUAGCUAAUGCUACCCAAAACUUUUCAACUAAAAACAAGCUCGGAGAAGGUGGCUUUGGACAAGUAUACAAGGGCACGUUGAUAGAUGGACAAGAGUUAGCUGUGAAAAGGCUUUCAAAGAAAUCUGGACAAGGGGUAGAAGAGUUCAAAAAUGAAGUAGCAUUGAUUGCAAAACUUCAGCAUCGUAAUCUUGUUAAGCUUCUGGGUUGUUGCAUCGAAGGAGAAGAAAAAAUGUUAAUUUAUGAAUACAUGCCCAACCAAAGCUUGGACUACUUUGUUUUUGAUGAAACCAAAAGAAAGAUGCUUGAUUGGCAUAAGCGUUUCAACAUUAUUAGUGGCAUAGCUCGAGGACUUCUGUAUCUUCAUCAAGACUCUAGGCUGAGGAUUAUUCACAGAGAUCUCAAACCUAGCAAUAUUUUACUGGACGCAAAUUUGGAUCCCAAAAUAUCAGACUUUGGCUUGGCAAGAUUAUUUUUGGGAGAUCAAGUUGAGGCAAACACAAAUAGGGUGGCUGGCACAUAUGGUUACAUUCCUCCUGAGUAUGCUGCACGUGGGCAUUUCUCAGUUAAGUCAGAUGUCUAUAGUUAUGGUGUGAUAAUACUAGAGAUUGUAAGUGGGAAGAAAAACAGAGAAUUUUCUGACCCAGAACACUACAAUAAUCUUCUUGGGCAUGCAUGGAGAUUAUGGAGUGAAGAGAGGGCGUUGGAACUAUUGGAUGAAGUGUUAGGAGAACAAUGCGAGCCCGCUGAAGUCAUACGAUGCAUACAGGUAGGCCUACUGUGUGUGCAACAAAGACCAGAGGAUAGACCAGACAUGUCAUCCGUGGUUUUAUUGUUGAAUGGUGAUAAAUUAUUGUCAAAGCCAAAGGUUCCUGGUUUUUACACUGAAAGGGAUGUUUCAUCUGAAGCCAGUUCUUCAUCGGCAAAUCACAAACUUUGCUCAGUUAAUGAACUUUCCAUCACAGUGUUAAAUGCAAGAUAAGAAAAGGAGGAAAUUAAAGAAAAUAUUAAGGCUCCAGCUUCCAAUGUGGGGGACAUAUCAGUUAUUAGAGCACACAACUAGUUAAAUGUCUAUUAUCAGCUCCCUCUUUACCUUUAUUUCAUGUAUCCAAACAAAUGCAUAAGAUAAGCAUACUAUAAGUAAGACAAUAAUUGUUAGUUUCUCUCUGCAAUAGAAUAUAGUUAUGAAACUGCUCCAGAUCUUGAUAUGAAACAAUUUAGCUCCUUCUGAACCUGUUCCGCUCAUUACAAGAAAGCGAAAAAGUAUGAAGCUUUUUGUAACCCGUUGAGAGUGUUGGUACCUGUGACUUUGCACAUGAGUAUUAAAUAUGCUGGGACUCAUUUAUUUUC